AUGGCGGGUGACACAGUUGCUAGUGCUUUAAAAUACACUUGGUAUUUAUCUAAUUUUUUUAUGUUGUGUCCUAGAUCACCUGAUGAAAAAAUUGUUCGUUCCGAAAGGACUUUUGUUCAAAAAGUUUUCGUCUACAUUUAUAACGUAGUCGCAGUUUCUGUUACAGUUUACAUGGUGUAUAUGACAGUUGGUGUUUAUAGAAUUAACAUAAAACUAAAUAUAGUCGCACAACUUGCUGAUCUCCUUUAUAAUUUGACUAAUAACGUAUCUGCAUUAACUUCAGUGUUCUGUUGUCUGUAUUAUCAAAACACAAUCACCGAAGUCGUGUUCAAAUUACACACAAUAGACAAAAAGUUAAGGCAGUUGCGGCUGUGGAAAUCCUACAAAAAUAUCCGCAUUUUUGUGGUCUGUGAAUUCCUGUUUAUAAUUUUUCUUUGGACUUCAUUCUUUAUCGCGUUUAUGUUACAUUGCGUUAACACAUUUUGGAAAUGUUUUUACCGUUGGACGAUUUUAUACACAACUAGUAAAAUGUCGCAAGUGAUGUUGUUGCAAUUUUUCGGAUUUGUUCUUGUUUUGACACACAAGCUUGACACACUUAACCUCAAUUUAAAACUGAUGUCUAAAGAACAGAAGCGUAAAUAUAACAUCGAUUCUACGAAAAUUCUGAAGCUUGUAGAACGAAUUAUUAAUGACAUAUGUGUUACUUAUAACGAUAUUCAAACAAUUUUUUCACUGCCUCUGUUAAUGAAAAUAUCGAGCCAGUUUGUUGUUAUUUUCUGUUGCUUGUAUUUUUGUAUCUUUGGGUAUAUUUAUGAAGAUCAUACUGGAAUGUCUACAUCGGCGUACGAUGUUUUUAUCCCUCUCAUAUCCGUGGUUAUAAAUUUAAUUGAAAUAUUAACUACUGUAAUUUUAUGUGAAUUAAUUCUACUGGAAUAUAGUCGCACUAAAAAGUUAUUGUACAGGAUCCCGGCCACAGAAACCAAUUUUAUGUUCAUUAAAAGAGUAAAUUUACUGUCUCUGCAGCUUAUACAUAAAAAAAUUCAGUUCAACGCAAGUGGAUUUUUCACGAUUGAUGGGUCCCUUUUGCACACGAUUGUGGGAGCUGUUACAGUUUACUUUGUAAUGAUUAUACAGUUUGAUAUAGCUACAAAAUAG